GCUUUUUAAAAAAAAUUAUUAUUUAGGGGCACCUGGGUGGCUCAGUUGGCUGAGUGUCCCACUUCGGCUGAGGUCCUGAUCUCAUAGUUCUUGAGUUAUUUUUGAGAGCGAGCGAGAGUGUGCAAAGUCUGGGGAGGGGCAGAGAGAGGAGACAGAGAAAGCCAAGCAGUCUCCAUGCUGUCAGCACAGAGCCCAACUCAGGGCUCAAACUCACAGACCUGACCUGAACCGAAAUCAAGAGUCAGACACUUAACCAACUCAGCCACCCAGGGACCCUGAUUAAUAAACUUUAAAAACUAAUCAAAUAAAAAAUAACAGCAUAGUAAAAUUGUCUUUAUUUUAUAUCAGUGAGCAGCUUAUAGCAAAGCAAAACACCUUUUCUAAUCAGAUUCAACACUACAAAACAUGUACUACCAAUGGAACUCGUUUGUUACGCAGUUAAGGAUUUUAUAUAUUUUUUUAAUGUUUAUUUACUUAUUUUGAGAGUGAGAGCGUGCAGGGAACAGAGAGAGAUUCCCAACCAGGCUCCAUGCUGUCAGUGCAGAGCCCAACGUGGGGCUCGAUCCCACCAACCGUGAGAUCAUGACCUGAGCCGAGAUCAAGAGUCUGAUGAUUAACUGACUGAGCCACCCAGGUGCCCCAGCACUUAAACAUUUUAGAUGAAAUCAGUAUUGUUACUUGUCAGAGGAAAAUAUUUUGAGAGUGGCAGAGUAUGGCAAAAAGAUUAGUAAUGUGACUGUGGGACCAGAUUGCCUGGCUACGAAUUGUAGCUCCACUGUGUACUAGAUAGAGCACCUUAAUUUCGGUUUCCUCGACCACAAAAUGGGAAUAAUACUAGUACCUAAUUUAUAGUCCUGCUGUAAGUGUUAGUGAGUUAAUAUACUUUAAGUGUUUAGGAAAGUAAGUGGCACAUAAUAAGCACUGUAUAAGCAUCAGCUUUAUAUGCUGCUGUUUGCCUGGACAGCUGCUGUCUGCCUGUAUGCCCGUGUAAUUCUUCAUAUGAUGUGUAGUGUGUGUGUGUGUGCGUGUGUGUAUACACUCUAACAGACCUGGGAAAAACCUACAACAUGGCAUUUGAUGCACAAGAAGCACUGAACAUCAGGAGGUUUUUAUUUCCAACGGAAUAUUGAUUUUAAAACUAACAGUAAUUUACGCUGAAAUUGGGAGAGCCCUUGUUCCGGGAAAGGUGGACUGAGCACAUGUCACCCUGUCUUUCCGCUGGAAGCUGCUGUAGGACUGGGACAGCAGGCAUGGAGCAACCAUCUGAGGUCUGUAAGCGGUAAAGAACAGCAGGCUGAUGGGGAAAGAAACCCAGAAUGCAAUGUGUUUACCUUUUUUUUUUUUUUUUAACUUCCCAAUAUCUCCUAGCAUGGAUUCAACAAGCACAAAACCCACAAGGGGUUUUGGCAUGGAUAAAAAGAACUGCAGGAGAUACCUAGUUCAGGCUCAAGAAGUAGGAAGGGGAUCUAAUACUCAGAAAGGGUGGAUGGGACUCUACCUUAAAAAAAAAAAAUUAUGUUUUCUUGUGUCCUGAGACAGUAGCAGUGGGGUCUAAAGGCAUCUAAAACUUUGAAGGAGGAGAAAUGUCUGUGAUUGAGAAGCUGUGUCCCCCAGAGGGUGGAGUAAACUCUUACUGCUUUGUUUUCUUGCUUCUGUUCUCUCCCUGCUUGGCUCCAGAGGUGGGUACAGUCAGGGCAGGGGCACAGUCAAGUGGAAUAAAUAAGCCCCAGCCAUCUGGCCAGAGGACUGCGAAGGGGAACCCCUAGGAGGUAGGAACUACUGGAGAAAUCACAGAGAAGAGGAGCUUUGGGAAUCAACUGUAUAAAGCUGUUUCUGAACUCCCAGGCUCACCUGAGCCUGCUCAUGCGUGUAUCUGGCCCCAGUCAACGAGAAGUGAACUGAGGGAUAGACUGCUGGUCACCAAGCAGGACACGUGUAGGACAGAGGCGACUGUCACUUCAUAGGCUCUGCAAAUGGAGCCGGAACAAAAUAUCAACAUUCUCCAUAUAAUUUAAACAAGACGUAAAGUCUUGUAACAUUCAGAAGGUCCAGGAUACUAUCUAAAAUUACUCAAAUGAUGAAAAAGUAGGAGAAUUUCAAUUCAUGGGAAAAGCUAAUCACCAGACGCUGGCAUUGAUGUGACCUGGAUGUUGGGAUUAUCUGAUAAAGGUUUUAAAGCAGCUAUUAUAAUAAUGCUCCAACAAGUGAACUCUCUUGAAGCAGACAGCCUCAGCAAAGAAAUAGAAGAUAGCAGCAAGAAAUGAAAAAUAUAAUUACCAAAAUAAACCCACUGGAUGGGCUUAGCGGCACAGUGAGAAAGGCAGUAGGAAGAGUUGGCGACCUUGAAGGUACAGAGGAAUUGUCUAAUCUGAACAAUUGAUACAAGAUUGAACAGAGCCUCAGGGCCCAGAAUGUUAAACAUUUGUAUCAUUGAAGCCCCAGAAAAGAGAAAGUGUAGAAAAAAUAUUUGAAGAAAUAAUGGCUGAAAAAUUCCUAACUUUAGUGAAAGACAUAAAGCUGUGGAUCCAUGAAGCUCAGCAAACUCCAGCGUGAUAAACUCAAAGACAUCCUGCCUGGUGGCUCUGUCAUCAGACUGUUAAAAACCACAGACAAGGGAAACAGCCCGGGAAGAACGUUGCGUAACAUAUAGGGUAGCAGCAACUUCAAUUCUGGGUUUUCCAUCAGAAAUCAUGCAAAUCAGAAGGAAGUAGAGCAACUUUUAAAAAGUACUCAAAGGAAAGAACUGUCAACCCAGCAUUAUGUGUCCAGCAAAAAAAUACCCUUCAAAAUUGAAUGUGAAAUAGUGUCUCAUAUGGAGGAAAACUAAGGAAAUUCAUUGGCGGAUUUCUCAAAGAAUUGCAAAAGGAAGUUCUUCUGAUAGAAAUUAUACCAGAAGGGAACUGAAACAUCAGGAAUGAAGAAAGUGCAACAGAAAUGGAUUCAGUGACUUUCACGGAUGUGGCCAUAGAUUUCUCUCAAGAGGAAUGGGAAUGGCUGAAUCUUGCUCAAAGGACUUUAUAUAAGAAAGUGAUGUUGGAGAACUACAGGAAUCUGGUUUCAUUGGGUCUUUGCAUUUCUAAACCAGAUGUGAUCUCCUUAUUGGAGCAAGGUGAAGACCCCUGGAUGAUGAAGGGAGAGAGGACAGGAGGCCUCUGCCCAGACUUGGAGUAUGUUUGGAUGACCAAGGAAUUAUCUCCAAACCGGGACAUUUAUGAAGGAAAGUUAUCCCAGGCAGUGAUACUGGAAAGGCUUCCAAGCUGUGACCUUACCUGCUCCACAUUAGGGGAAAACUUGAAAUGUGAAAACCUGUUUAAGAAGGAGCUGGUAAGUCAGAAGACACCUUUUAGUCAAGAGACAGUCACUCAUAUUGGUACCCUUAUCGAGAAAAGAGACCACUUUAACAAAUCGGGGACACUUUUACAUCUGAAUAGAUUAUCUUAUCUGGAGCAGGUAUUUUCCAUAGAAGAAAGAAUGUAUAAUUUUGACACAGAUAAGAAAAGUUUAAAAACACAUUCAUUUGUCAAAAAACAUAAGCAAGUCUUGGGCGAAAAGAAACUUCUGAAAUGUAACGACUGUGAGAAAACUUUCAGCAAAAUCUCAACCCUUACCCUUCAUCAGAGAAUUCAUACUGGAGAGAAACCCUAUGAAUGUGUUGAAUGUGGGAAAGCCUUCAGCCAGAGUGCCCACCUUGCUCAACACCAGAGAGUUCACACAGGAGAAAAACCCUUUGAAUGUACUGAAUGUGGGAAAGCCUUCAGUCAGAAUGCUCAUCUUAUUCAGCACCAGAGAGUUCAUACUGGAGAAAAGCCUUAUCAAUGUAAGCAAUGUAACAAAGCCUUCAGCCAGCUUGCACAUCUCGCUCAACAUCAGAGAGUUCAUACUGGAGAGAGACCCUAUGAAUGUAUUGAAUGUGGGAAGGCUUUUAGUGAUUGUUCAUCCCUAGCUCAUCAUCGAAGGAUUCACACUGGAAAAAGACCAUAUGAAUGUAUUGACUGUGGGAAAGCUUUCAGGCAGAAUGCUUCUCUGAUACGUCAUCGGAGAUAUUAUCAUACUGGAGAGAAACCAUUUGAUUGUAUUGAUUGUGGGAAGGCUUUCACUGAUCACAUAGGACUUAUUCAGCAUAAGAGAAUUCAUACUGGAGAGAGACCUUACAGAUGUAAUGUGUGUGGGAAGGCUUUUAGCCAUGGCUCAUCCCUGACUGUACAUCAGAGAAUUCAUACAGGAGAGAAACCUUAUGAGUGUAACAUCUGUGAGAAAGCCUUUAGCCAUCGUGGCUCACUUACUCUCCAUCAAAGAGUUCAUACUGGAGAAAAACCCUACGAGUGUAAGGAAUGUGGGAAAGCUUUUCGGCAGAGCACACAUCUUGCUCAUCAUCAGAGAAUUCAUACUGGAGAGAAACCCUACGAAUGUAAGGAAUGCAGCAAAACUUUCAGCCAGAAUGCACACCUUGCACAACAUCAGAAAAUACACACUGGAGAGAAACCAUAUGAAUGUAAGGACUGUGGUAAGGCCUUCAGUCAAAUUGCACACCUUGUUCAACACCAGAGAGUUCAUACUGGCGAGAAGCCUUACGAAUGUACUGAGUGUGGGAAGGCCUUUAGUGAUGGUUCCUAUCUUGUUCAACAUCAGAGACUCCACACUGGCAAGAGACCAUAUGAAUGUCUUGAAUGUGGAAAGGCCUUCAGACAGAGGGCAUCCCUGAUUUGUCACCAGAGGUGUCAUACAGGCGAGAAACCUUAUGAAUGUAAUGUUUGUGGGAAAGCCUUUAGCCAUCGUAAAUCCCUUACACUACAUCAAAGAAUUCAUACAGGAGAGAAACCGUACGAGUGUAAGGACUGUAGCAAAGCCUUCAGCCAGAUUGCCCAUCUUACACUACAUAAGAGAAUUCAUACUGGAGAAAGGCCCUAUGAAUGUAAAGAAUGUGGGAAAGCCUUCAGGCAGAGUGUACAUCUCACUCAUCAUCAACGAAUUCAUACUGGAGAGUCAUCCUCGAUUAUUCCCUCCUCCUCACUCCCAUACCACCAAGUCCUCUAGAUUCAAUCUUCUGAAGGCCUCUAGAGUCCAUCCACUUUUUCCCAGUCUAUGUCCCAUUAUCAUAGUCUAAGCGGUAACCAUCUCAUUUUUAUGUUUACAACAGUGUUACAAACAUUUACCCUCUAGCUCCCCUCAAGUGCAUUUUUAACACUGUAGCCAGCUUAAUCUUUUAAAAAUAAAAGUCAGUAUUCAUGUUA